ACAGGGAUUGCUACGUUUGAGAUGGAGUAUGGACAUUGGAUUCAAGAACAGAACAACCAGAUAUGUGAACUAAGGACUGUUUUGCAAGGACAAGUUAGCGAUGUGGAGCUCCGUUUGCUAGUUGAAACAGCAAUGAAACAUUACUUUGAUCUUUUCCGGAUGAAGUCAGCAGCUGCCAAAGAAGAUGUGUUCUUCGUCAUGUCAGGGAUGUGGAGAACUUCUGCAGAACGGUUUUUCCUGUGGAUAGGCGGGUUUCGACCCUCGGAUCUUCUCAAGGUUCUUUUGCCACAUUUUGAUGUCAUGACGGAUCAACAGAUACUAGAUGUUUGCAAUCUAAGACAAUCAUGCCAACAAGCUGAAGACGCUUUGUCUCAAGGUAUGGAGAAGCUACAACACACGCUUGCGGAUUGCGUUGCAGGUGGAAGACUUGGUGAAGGAAGUUACAUUCCUCAGGUGAAUUCUGCUAUGGAGAGAUUAGAAGCUUUAGUCAGUUUUGUAAAUCAGGCUGAUCACUUGAGACACGAGGCGUUGCAACAAAUGAAUAGGAUCUUGACCACACGACAAGCGGCUCGAGGGUUAUUGGCUCUUGGUGAGUAUUUUCAACGGCUUAGAGCCUUGAGUUCGAGUUGGGCAACUAGAGACCGUGAACAAACAUAGGAUUUGAGUUUUUAGAAACAAAAAAAACAAGAAAAGACCAACAAGAAGAAUCAAGAAUGAAAAAGAAUGAAGA